GGAGACACAUCUAAGUCUCAUUAAAGUAAACACAAAGAGUUUAGUAGUCAAAGUGAGUGAAAAAAGAGAGAAAAAAGGGAAAAAGAAAUGGAGAAUGAACAGCAAAACCAAGUGAUUGGAGGAAGCAAGAGAAUUGUGGCAGUAACUGAGAGUCCAUUACCUUCUUCCACAAAUCCUAAUAAUGAUCACCAGAAACAUGGCUGGAAAAACUUCUUUGCAUAUGUGGGACCAGGUUUCCUUGUUUCCUUGGCAUAUCUUGAUCCUGGGAAUUUGGAAACUGAUUUGCAAGCAGGAGCAAACCAUAGAUAUGAGCUUCUUUGGGUGAUUCUCAUUGGAUUGAUAUUUGCUCUUAUUAUUCAAUCACUUGCUGCUAAUCUUGGAGUAAGCACUGGGAAACAUUUAUCAGAAUUAUGCAGGGCUGAAUAUCCAGUAUUUGUUAAGUACUGUUUAUGGUUGCUAGCUGAAGUUGCUGUCAUAGCUGCAGAUAUUCCUGAAGUGAUUGGGACAGCAUUUGCUCUUAAUAUAUUGUUCCAUAUUCCUGUUUGGGUUGGAGUUCUUUGCACUGGUGUCAGUACUCUUUUAUUCAUUGGCCUGCAGAGAUAUGGUGUUAGGAAGUUAGAAUUGUUAAUAGCAAUUCUAGUGUUCGUAAUGGCAGCUUGUUUCUUUGGAGAAAUGAGUUAUGUGAAACCUCCUGCUAAUGAAUUAUUCAAAGGAAUGUUCAUUCCUAAGCUCAACGGUGACGGAGCCACCGCUGAUGCUAUCGCCUUGUUGGGUGCUCUCGUCAUGCCACACAAUCUCUUUCUUCACUCUGCGCUUGUACUGUCUAGGAAGAUACCUAACUCAGUUCGUGGCAUUAAUGACGCGUGUAAAUUCUUCCUAAUAGAGAGCGGUUUUGCGUUGUUUGUGUCCUUCCUAAUCAAUGUGGCAGUUGUAUCUGUAUCUGGUACUGUUUGUGGAGCUGACAAUCUCUCAGACCAAAAUAAAGAAAGUUGUAGUGAUAUUACAUUGAACUCUGCUUCUUUUCUUCUCAAGAAUGUACUUGGAAAAUCAAGUUCUACUGUUUAUGCCAUUGCAUUAUUAGCCUCGGGACAAAGCUCUACCAUUACUGGUACAUAUGCUGGCCAAUUUAUCAUGCAAGGAUUUUUGGAUCUUAAGAUGAAGACAUGGUUAAGGAACUUGUUUACUAGGCUUAUUGCUAUUACUCCAAGCCUUGUUGUGUCAAUUAUUGGAGGACCAUCUGGGGCUGGCAGGCUAAUUAUCAUUGCUUCGAUGAUACUUUCCUUUGAACUUCCAUUUGCUCUCAUUCCACUGCUCAAAUUCAGCAGCAGUUCCACCAAGUUGGGACCACACAAGAACUCAAUUUAUAUUAUCGUGAUCUCGUGGAUUCUGGGACUAGGCAUCAUCGGCAUCAAUAUCUACUACCUAAGCACGGCUUUCGUUGGUUGGUUGAUGAGCAACAAUUUGCCUAAAGUUGGAAAUGUGUUGGUUGGGAUCGUAGUAUUUCCAUUGAUGGCCAUAUACAUUCUAUCAGUGAUUUAUCUUAUGUUUCGAAAAGACACUGUUGUCACAUACAUUGCCCCAAUCAAGGAUGAUCAUAUGGAAAAUGGAACAAACAGUAUGGAAUUAGUAGAUCGUGUUCCUUAUAGAGAGGAUCUUGCUGAUAUCCCAUUGCCACAAUAAGUCUUUUUUUUCAUCUUAAUUUUGUGCUUAGUCUAAUAAUAAAAUUAUAAUGUGCAUUGUGUCAUGGUGCAAUUUCAAAUUUCUCAAAAUCUUGAAUUUGUUAACCCUU